UAACAUAAAAGCGACCAUUGGAUGUUUCUGAAAAGGCUAUUGAGGCUUUCCAUAGUUACAUGUUCGUGGGACAAUAACGGUGUACACACGGCAAGCGCAGUCAGCUUUGAAUCAUUAGCACUCAUUACCAUCACAAAACCCUGCAUCCAUAUCGACCAUGGAACAUACAUUAGCUGGUAGAAGAGAACAGUCAUGCAAGAUCUCAAAGCACGCCACAAAAGACCAUGUAUAAAUAGAAAGAAAUGAUAUCAUUAUUACCAACAAACAGCCCCACAAAACCAGGGACCAAAACCAAACGGCCCGCCGCACAUCAUCAAAUCAACCUCGACAACAUCACCGCAAAUCCCCCGUCGAAUCUACAACCCCAGCAACCAAACACCACACCUCCAGUCAUGGCCGACAGCCUCGCCGCCGCUCCACAGGACCUCGAGUCCAUCAAAUCGCAAACCGCCGCCCUCCUCCUUCCCCACUUCACCGCAAAUGAUGCUUUUACUCUCGGCUGCUCCCUCCGCACGCGUAUCCAAUCGCUUUACCCAAAUACCCCGGCCGUUAUAAAUAUCACCCAUUCGAAUACCGAUAGCCUGCUUUUCCACUGUGCGACGGGAUCUGGGAUCCAGCCCGACAAUGACAUUUGGGUUGCGCGGAAGCGCCGCACGGUGAAGCGCUGGGGUGUUAGCAGUUGGUUCAUGGGGCGGAAGUUCAAUGGCGAUGAAGAGGAGUUUAAGAGGAAGUAUGCGCUUGGGGAGACGGCAGGGGAGUAUGCAAUUCACGGGGGUGCCGUGCCAGUUCGAGUGAAGGGAGUAGAGGGAACGGUCGCGGUGGUGAUUGUUAGUGGGUUGAAGCAGGACGAAGAUCAUAUGGUUGUUGUGGAAGGAUUGGAGAGGUUUAUUGCGGAAUGUGAAGGGAGAAAGGGCUAAGAGCAGUUUGAAAUGCCCACUGGGACGAGGGGAAAGAGAUUAAAGUGGAGUGAAAGUGAAGUGAAAGUUUCAUCUGGAAUUUCUCCUUUGUAGCCAUGUCUAUAUCGAGAGCGCUGAUUCUUUGAACGCAUCCUCUUCGAUGGGUAUUUCCUCCCAGAUGACCAGCCAAUGAAACGCGACUGAAAGGCCUUCAAGUCUCUCGACAAGUAUCUGGCACUCUCCACGCCCGCCGAGUACAUGUGCAUCUACCGCAUUUCAUGUCCAUUGUGAAGCUAAGCUCUUCCAGUGGAAUCUGCGAUCCAUGUUCCCCCACAAGUAACCCAUUAUCCGGGGAUCAAAACCCCUCGAGAGUCGAAACUACAGGUCUCUUCGACCGUUUACGACACUCGGCAACGACAUGCUGAUCACUUUUGCAUUUGGUGCAAUGAAUCGUCGAUCCGAAUGGCGGGGCAGGCGUAGGGCGCUUCAUCAAACCGUGGACGACUUCCUGCACUGACAUGGUAGCCGACUUUCCGAACUGGCCAGGAGUAGAAGAGGGAUUGGUUAGAGGCUGGUGGUAGAGUUCCUUGCGCAAUGCGGCGAGGAACGUCACGAUGGUAAUGUAUGCCGCGGCGUUUCCCGUGUUGUCGCUGUCGUGAUCCUCAAUCUGGAAUUCCUUGAGUAUAUAUUUGAGUGGAACUUUCCGCUCGCGCGUGAUCCAACUGUCCUUCACGAUCUGCUGCGCGUCCAACACAACGAUGGUAUUAUCCAUCUUCUUGGGAUCCCAAUCGAAGUUCUCGGGUGCGGCUUCGCCGAAGGUCUUGUUGUAGUCAAAUGUCAAACAAAUGACUGGGCGGUAUCCGAGAGCGGGGUUUUUCUCGUCCGUGGGCUGAUGCCAUAUCUGCUGCAACAUGUCAAGAGCUUCCGAGUAACUCACGAAAGAGGUCGUGCCGAAGUGGAAGUUUUCAGGAACAGCCCCGCCCUGCGGGAGAUGCGAGUGCUUGCAUAGGCGUAGAUGCAUAAACCACACGUUUCGGAGAAGCCUCUUGGCGUGUGGUCCUGGGAAGAUAUUGCGGUUCUGCCUAGCCUCCCGUAUAUCAUAUGUUGCAAUGCCAAACUCCAUCGUGGCUUGGUGCGGAGGGGUACCAAACCAUUUGCGAUGGACGACCACAAGGAUCGCCUCGUCCCAUGUUGCCUUACGUCGCCUUUUAAUACUUAAUGGCGACUCGCCGCACAGAUAGGUCCCCAGAAUAGUAUUACCGGAAUAGGGCGCGAGCGCUUGCCGCAGAUUAUCGAUGUCCAUGCGCGAUGUGGCAGCCAUGUCGACAAAAGAGAGGAUCU